CCUUUGUUUUGUAAACACAUUUGCUGUUAUCUGUGUAUAAUCGGUCAUACUGGAGACCUAGACCUAGAUUCUAGAUUACCAAGCUCGACUCAUGUUACAAAAAAUGGCUAAAGUACUGCUGGUCGGCAGCGGCCUGACCGGUUCAGCCACGGCUGCGUUGUUAAGGCAAAAGCUACCUGAAAAUACCAGUAUCUCAGUGUGGGAUAAAGCCAGAGGAGCAGGUGGUCGCAUGUCCACGAGUCGAUGUCCAAAUGACUCAUCAAUUACCGUGGACCUUGGUGCUCAGUACAUCACACUCACACAGGAGUACAAGGCCAAGAGAAAGAGCUUGUACGAUGAGCUUCAGACACAAGGCAUCCUGGCCCCCUUGACAGGACAAAUUGAGGGCCCUAACAGUUUUGAUCAACCUGGAGCUGAGCAUUUUGUGACUCCAAAAGGGAGUUCUUCUCUUGUCAAAUUCUUUUUACAGAAAGCAAAUGCAUCUAUGAAGAAUGAGUGUCUAGUGACAGAGGUGUCGUUUAGUGACGGUGGCCAGGUGUCGGUGACUACGAGGGAAGACCUGACCGAAAGCUUUGAUGUUGUUGUCAUCACAAUGCCAGUUCCACAAAUCCUGCAGCUCAGAGGAUCUAUACACGACUGCAUAAACAGCAACUCAAGUGUGAAGAAAAAUCUACAAAAUGUUUCCUACUCAUCAAGAUAUGCCUUGGGACUGUUUUUCCCACCUCAGACAAAUCUCAAGUACCCUUGGAGUGCCAAGUAUAUCUCAGACAAUCCUUGUGUGCGGUACAUCGCUUUGGAUCAAGUAAAGAGAGGGACUGCUGACCCAAACCAAGGCCAGUCGCUAGCUGUUCACACCAAUGUCCCGUUUGGACUGGCUCACCUAGAGGAGGACGUGAACUCUGUGAAGGACGAGCUGUUGGCUAACGUGAGGAAAGUUUUACCUGACUUGCCAGAACCGAUGUUUGUGAAGCCACAAAAAUGGAGAUAUUCCCAGGUCCACAAAGCGUAUGAAGGAAGGCCUGGGUGUGUUACUUUGAGCACAAAUCCCUUGGUCAUUGUUGCUGGUGAUGGUUUCUCGGGCUCAACUUUUGAUGGAUGCUUGGAUUCUGCGGAAACAGUCGUGAAAAUAAUCCAAGAAAAUUUACACACUAGUACUUCUAGUGGACUUUGAUGAGAAGUGACCGUAGUCGUGCAGUUUUCUGUGACUAGGAUGAGGAACUUGCUGUGUAUUUUAACAGACAGAAGAGUUCAUAGAUUUGUGAGCAAAGUAUGAAGAAUGAAUAUGGUUUUGAUGUGACCUCUCUCGAAUGUUGACUCAUUGUGUGAUAUUGGGGUGAAGGUGUUAUAUCGUAUGCUUGACGGAAUCUAGAGUACGAUGGAUCUUUUUGUCUUCUCAUAUAAAAAAAGGCACUUUAAGCCCCAAAAAUAUGGAAGAGAAAAUUUAAGUGGGACUUGUGAAUUUUUUUCUGGAAGUAAUGGUUUAAGAUUUAUACCCCUAUCAACACAAUUAUUUCAUUUUGUGUUUUGUACACUUUUGACAUGAAAAGUGUGUUGACACUGUUGAAGUAAGUGAAGCUUGAGAUAGUGAGAAGGUUCUUGCUAAAUGAAACAGGCAUUGGAAUUCACAGGUCAUAGCUGUCACCCCCCAAAAAAAAAGCUUAAAUCUGUGUGAACCUACUUUAAAAGGAGAGCAAAAGAAUUCAGAGUUACUUACUUUUCUUGUGACUAUGACAAUACAUAGUAUCUGUUUGCAUUACCCCAUGUGAUAGAAAAAAUGUGUUGGUUGUUAAAGUAAAAUUGUGUUAAAAUGUAUUUGCAUGCAGUAACAGUUGUUCUCCAGAGAAUAAGCUUAAGUACAUGUAUAUUUGAAUAUGGACUUAUCUGUUAUGCUGCUGGCAUUAAUGCUGGUUUAUUUCUACCUCACUGGACUUGCAUUUGUGAGGGACGGUUAAAAGCAAUGUAAUACAAGUGAAGGGAUCAGAAAAAUAAAGGUAUAAGUUAUCUUGAGGUCAUUAUGAGAAAUAUGUUUUUUUUUAAAAAACAGCUGCACUUUAGCAUAAUAAUGAUAUACAACAGCGUUUGGGUAAUUUGGAAAGGCCAUGACUUUGUAAAGUGAUCCUGUCAUUUCAUUCAAAUGUCAUGUUGUGUAGUCUCCUUUGACGUGAAUUGUCAUGACGAGAACUUUAUUUUUAGCAAAAUGUGACUUAACAGUAUGACCUCUUCAAUUUGUUAUCACUCCAGAUGUUUUUCAUUUUGCAGUGUCCAGUAAACAAUGUGUUUUGAUGAAUUUUAAGUUUCCUUGUUGUACUCUGUAGAGUAAGGAGGUAAGCACAGAUUCUGGUGGAGCGAUCAUUAAACAUUUUUUACAGAAGUGUAGUCCAUCACAUAUCGGGAUGGUUAGUAAGACUAUCCUAUUCUGUUUGUUGAUGAUGAUGGCUACCAUCGUUCCAGUUCCCCUUGACCUGCAAACUCUCUUGUGUCAUACAAAAAUCCUUCAAAAGGGAAGCUCAAAGUGAAGUUUGGACAAAGGUAAUGAAGUUUCCAUUGUUUAAAACUUUUUUUAUGGGAAGUCGAUUUCUUUUCAUUUUUCCGCCUUUCUCCUCUCUCUUCACAUUAUUUUGAGCACAUGUCUGUGUGAGCCUAGGUACAAGUGUAGUGCCUUGAUUGUAGAGUGUGAGAAACACACAGCAGUACUUUGUGUGUGACUGCGGCAAGCCCAGACUUGGUAUUUUAUAUCCUGAAAACUGGAUUUGUCAAAUAAUUUGAAUCUGAAGUGUUAUUGAUAUAUUUUUCUCGCAGAAAAUAAAAAAAGAAUACAUA